AUGUCAAAUGACCCUUUGGAAGUUAGCCCUGCAAACAGGAGUGUCAGUGAGACUACUUCGGAGGUCGAUGGACAGGCUGAACCUUCUGGCCGAAAGUCGCCCACCCAGGCUGAGCCUUCAUUCUAUUCAGAGUCACUGGGAAAGACCAAGUCCAGCAACCAGAAGAAAGAAUUCAAGGGAUUUGAUAGACGGAAGAAGGAAGAGAAAGAAAGGGUGCAUGUAUUUGGACCGGGUUCGAGAUGA